ACAAACCGGAGUUUGUGCUGGUUUGUGCUCCAUAAUUUUUAGGGUUUAGGAGCAAAAAAUAAUAAAGAGAUCUAUUGUUUCCGAAAAUAUCAAUUUGAAUAGGAUAAGUGAACAUGGCUAAUACCACGAGAAGCGUACCUAACAUAUUGAUUACAGGUACACCCGGAGUAGGCAAGUCGACCCUGUCGCGCAUGCUGGCUGACAGGACGAAAUUCACUUGGCGCGAAGUUUCUAAGUUAGCUGAAGAAUACAGUUGUUUAGAUGAGUAUGACCCGGAGUAUCAGUGCCCAUUCUUGAAUGAGGACAAGCUACUGGAUAUCAUGGAAGGUAUGAUGGCCAAAGGUGGUAACAUAGUGGACUACCACGGCUGUGACUUUUUCCCAGAGCGAUGGUUUGAUGGUGUGUUCGUAAUCAGAACAAACAACACAACACUGUUUGAUAGACUCACAGCCAGAGGCUACACAGGCAAGAAGCUAGAAGAUAAUGUCCAGUGUGAGAUAUUUGAAACACUAUUGGAGGAGGCUCAGUCUUCAUACAAGCCAGAGAUAGUCACACAGCUUCAGAACGACACAGAGGACCAGUUGCAACAGAAUGUGCAAACUAUUGUAGAGUGGAUAGAAAGGUGGAAAGAGGAGAAUAUAUAGUUUAUGUUA